UAUUGGAUGGGAGCUAAAGACUGAAAGGUACAAGCUUUAUAUCUCAUGCUGAAUUGAUGGGAAGGAACUACAAGUUGAAUUUUUUACUGGUGGGACGGAACUACAAGUUGAAUUUUACUUUUAGAGGACAAAAUUUUUUGGAAUUUGAUAGAUCUUCACAGUUUCAAUUAUGUUAAUUCGGUUUGCAUGUCCCAUCCAGAUUAGAGAAGGGAGGCUCCAAGGCAUAGGCAAAUGCCUUGUCCGAGAAUACAGAAUGGUUUGUACUGUCAUGCGGGGAGAAAUAAGCAAGGAUUUUUUUGAGGGAUGCAGAGCCAUACUGUUGGAAAAGGAUAAGAAUCCAAAGUGGGAACCCUCUAGGCUGGAGCAAGUCACUGAGGAUAUGGUUGACCUUUACUUCUCAAAGAUAAAUGAGGAGGGCUGGGAAGAUUUAGAUCUCCCGAGAAGGUCGAACAUCCCUCCACAUGCUAUUGCUAAACUCUAAAUUUUAUCUUAAUAGCUUUUGUGUCUCAAGUCUUGACACGACACAGUCACAAAAAUUAGGCCAGAACUUGGUCUGGAAGCCUAUAUAUAGGACUCAGACAUUAAUUUUUGAGUUGUAAUACUAUAUUGUGAUGAACGAUACUUGAACAAAUCUUUGUUGAUUCGACUUUCUAGAGAAAUAAAUAUAUGACUAUGCAGUAGUUACAGAAAUUA